AUGGAUCACGGACUUCUCCCUAAAAUUUUACGAGUCCCGGGGAAUAUUAGUGUGACGAUCGCAUCCUUGGAGCCAAAUGACGGAUUUCCACAUUCUGGAAUAUCCGGGAAAAUGAUUCCUUAUGAUCUCAACACGACUUCAUUUUUCGAAUGCAACGAUAAAGUCGAUCUAUCAUCUGGAGAAACCUAUUAUUUGAUCUCUCAAAACUACCCACUCUCGCCUACCUCCGAGAUUACGGGAUGCUCCAUAAAAUUCUCAACAUCUGGAAGCCGUCAAGGAAUCCGGGGAUUUGCUACAGAAGAUGAACCGGUGGUGUAUUACUUUCAAAGUGAGACAGAAGUGACAUUUUCAAUAUCUCAUCAAGACCACUCAUUCACCCAGAAACGAUUCUACAUACUAGUGAACUCAUAUGAAAUUUCUACCAGUAAAACAUGCGAUAGUACUGGAAAAUUUGAUGUGGCAGUGGGACAAACUAUUAAUUUCGGAACUAGACAAUUUGGUGUGAAUCCUUACGACAAUAAUCUAAUUUGUGGGUAUGACUAUACAAGAACACCUGGGACCAAUACUUUGUUUGCACUUGCUAUCCAAUAUGAGUCUGAAAAAUGUUGUGACACUAUGUCGAUUGAUGGUUUGACAGAUGAUCAGCAAAUAUAUCAAGGAUUUCAAUACUCCAACUUAUUCUUCACCGAUAGCCAGAAUAUUAGUUUCAUUUUCAAUUCAGACCCAAUUAUGGGUGGGACAGGAUUGAAUGGAUCUCUAGAACAUAUUGAUUGUACAUGUAGCCCUGGCAUAAUUCUAGUAAAAAACAAUACUCUUACAUCACCUGGAUACUCAAACUCUAUAUCGUAUUGUCCUGAUCUUCUGUGCACCUCAAAAAUAGAGUUUCAAAAUGAUUUAUAUGAUCUUCAACUGGAUUUUACUGAUAUCAGCCUGAGAAGUUACAGUCUAAACAACGAUACAGAUUCUGUGACAGUUUUUAAUUCAUAUGACCACCCACUGGUGAUUAUGAAACCGUCAUAUUUCGGAUUUAUGAAUUUCUGGGCAACUGUCUCACCAGUCACAGUACAGUUCGUCUCAAAAAGUUUGACUGCGUUCCCAUUGAAUAUGAUUGGAAGGGGGUUUUCAAUGAACUUGAAUUUAGUGAAAAAAAACUUUGUUACUGAAAAAGUGGCAUUCAACGAUGGAUUCUUUCUGAAGGAUAUUUCAAAAUUAGAUCUUGCAAGUGGAAAGACAUUUGAGUUUAUUGUGACAGGAAGACCAGGAACACAGAUACACAUGCACUUUUUCACAAAAGUUUCAAAUCAAGUGUUCGUUGACAUCUUUGAUGGAGACUCUAUGGACGCCCCUCGGAUUGAUAACAAAGAGUUGUAUUCCAACAUCAUAGAGAAUGGAUAUUCUAUCGAGCUAAGUACAACUUCCGAAAAAGCUGUUAUACAUAUCAGAGGAAAUCCCACUUUCUUAGAACCAGGAACCGAUUUUCAAGCACUGGUCACAGAUAAAAGCAAAACACCAGAAUGCGGACUAUGGGUGUAUACUUUAAAACAACAGCAAAAGGAUUCUGAAAAGCUUCUGGUCAAAGGAAAAGAUUGCAUCAAAAUUCUACAUUUCACCGACAGCUCUUAUAGUCAGAGCGCGUUUAUGGUAUUUAGCUAUACAGCUGAUAUUCCUAUGAAUAUUUAUUAUGGACUUAACGCAUCAUCAAAUAAUUUGAUUUCCUCACAAACUUCUGAUUUACGUCCUGCUUACCUAUUCACAAGUUACCUGGUUCUUCAAUAUACAGCAUCUGAAAUGAGCGAGGUCCACUUUUUCUGGGAUAUAUCUGGACAAGUCAUUCCCGCAGUUAUGAACUCGGACCAAACACUUAUGCUGAUGUCUGAUGACUAUCUCAAAAUUGAUUCUGGCAAUACCAUCCAGCAAUUCAUAGUAGAAUUGAAAGAUUCCAAUACUGGAAUGAUGUGUGAAUUUUUGGCCGAUUCUGGUAAGGGGACCGGUACUUUGACCUGGUCUUCAUACACAAAUGAGAUAAAGAAGGAAAGCUUCUCUCCAGCCACAAGAUCCCUCAAAUUCACAUCCUGUGCUGAAAAGUUACUUGUUGAUUACACUUCUCCAGGUGGAUCAGACAACGGACUAUUUGUAAAGAUUUCUAAAGCUGAUCUACGAUGUUCAUCCCAUCGGUCUAUUUCGGCUGUCGUUCUACUUAUCUUCUUUAUCAGUUCUCUUUUCAUUUAA